ACUCACGAUUUUGAAGACUACAGCUAUGUGUUAUUAUACCGGGUGGGCCAAUCAGCGGCUCAGUGACAUAAAGCUCGUUUUAAGCAAUAAAAAAUAUGUGUCUAGGAGGAGCAAAGCCCGUUGUCGUAACGAUAGAGGAGCAAAGUGUGCCGAGACCGUCCGUUAGAGAAGAAUCAUCGACGCGUCUUCUGAACAGAAUCCAUCAUUUUCAAUGUAGUUGUGGCCGCAGCACCACAAACGAUACCAGUAUAUAG